CGAACAUGUGGUUGCUCAAGCGCUCAGUAGGGGGCACGACGCGUGUCGUGUGUAUCCAACAUGGCGCCAACCUCUCGUUAAGAAUAGCGUGUUGGGGCGUUGCGGGAGAGAGUGCGCUUGGGCGACGACAGAGUUGAUAAGCGGAGAAACAAGUGGCCAUAGUGAUCUGCCUACUUGCCGUUUUCCCGAAUGUUGAGAAAUCAUUACCGAUUGCUUUUGGUUGUGUCAUCUCUUCUUGGCGGUGGUAGCGCGAUACGCAGAAUGUUAUGCGAGCCCACAGUUGGGUCUCGAUCGAGCCGGAGGCGCUCAGUGCUAACUCCGCUCGACGAUCAAGCUGCUAGGAACUUUUGCGAAAGUGCAAGUACAGAGCACUGGAAGUAGUUCCAAAAAGAUGUCCUCCGGCUGCAUAUCCAGUGAACCCCAGCAGGAGAAGCUUCAAAAAAACUGCCUAAUUGAGCUCCUUCCUUCAAACCUUCUGCGAAGGCGUCCGGCACCAUCUGUGCGACCAACCCCAGAAGAAGCGAAAGAGUGGGCCAGAUCAUUCAGACACCUUACUGCUUCAAAAUAUGGCCUAGCCCUGUUCCACGUGUUCCUGGCACGGGAGUACAGUGAGGAGAACAUUGAGUUCUGGCUGGCCUGUGAAGAGCUGAAGACCUGUCGACCCAACAAGCUUUCCGUCAAAGCACAGAGAAUCUUUGACGAGUUCAUCGCACCACACUCACCUAAAGAGGUAAACCUCGACGCCCUAACGCGAGCCGAGGUGACGGCGAGCCUGACGAAGAGGCCCGACCGGACUUGCCUAGAUCUGGCCCAACGCCGAGUCCAGGGCUUGCUGGAGAGAGACGCCUACCUGCGCUUCCUCCAGUGCGAGCUAUACCAGGAGCUGUGCAAACCGCCCGCACCCUAGCGCGUGCCCGGGACGCACAUUUGCCCAAACUCCCACUGUUUUGUUCUCUCUUUCGUUCAGUCACCAAAUCCACAACCACCAUUCGACAUUGCUCUCCACUGGUGCCUUGUUCUCGUCCCCAUUAUUACACGCGCGCUGUGCAACCACGACGGAUCGGGAGGGACUCCUUCCUCGCUGACUCGCUGGUUUUCUUUCGACCCUGGUGUCGGCACACAUAGAGCCGUAUCAGCGGAAGCCUAGGCAAAUAAAUGCCAUCGAAGGUCAUAGAGCCCAA